AUGCAAGCUCCUGUAGUGUUUAUGAACACUUCUCAAGAGAGAACUACUGGCCGUCAAGCCCAAAUAGCUAAUAUCACUGCUGCAAAGGCCGUUGCCGAUGUCAUCCGUACUUGUUUGGGUCCAAAAGCUAUGUUGAAGAUGUUGUUAGAUCCAAUGGGUGGUUUAGUCCUAACUAAUGAUGGUCAUGCCAUUUUACGUGAAAUUGAUGUCGCUCAUCCAGCUGCCAAAUCCAUGUUAGAAUUAUCUAGAACUCAAGAUGAAGAAGUUGGCGAUGGUACAACUACUGUCAUUAUUCUAGCAGGUGAGAUCUUAGCUCAGUGUGCUCCAUAUUUAAUUGAAAAAAAUAUUCAUCCAGUUAUUAUUAUCCAAGCUUUGAAAAAAGCUUUGUCUGAUGCCUUAGAAAUCAUUAAGGAAGUUAGUAAACCAGUGGAUAUUCAAAAUGAUGAUGCUAUGAAAAAAUUAAUUCAAGCCUCUAUUGGUACUAAAUAUAUUAAUCACUGGUCCGAAAAGAUGUGUGAAUUAGCUUUAGCCUCUGUUAAAACUGUUUGCAUUGAUUUGGGUAACACUCUAGAAGGCGAACCAAAAUUUGAAAUUGAUAUUAAAAGAUAUGUUCGUGUUGAAAAAAUUCCAGGUGGUGAAGUCUUAGAUUCUAAAGUACUAAAAGGUGUUAUGUUAAAUAAAGACGUCGUCCAUCCAAAGAUGUCUCGUUUGGUGAAAGAUCCAAGAGUUGUCCUUUUAGAUUGCCCAUUAGAAUAUAAGAAAGGUGAAUCUCAAACAAAUAUUGAAAUUACAAAGGAAGAAGAUUGGAAUAGAAUUUUACAAAUAGAAGAAGAACAAGUUCAAUUAAUGUGUGAACAAAUCUUAGCUGUUAAGCCAACAGUUGUUAUAACUGAAAAGGGUGUCUCUGAUUUAGCACAACAUUUCUUAUUGAAAGGUGGUUGUAGUGUAUUAAGAAGAGUUAAGAAAUCUGAUAAUAAUAGAAUUGCCCGUGUUACUGGUGCUACUAUUGUUAACCGUGUAGAAGAUUUAAAAGAAACCGAUGUAGGGACUGAAUGUGGUACAUUCAAAGUUGAAUUAAUUGGUGAUGAAUAUUUCACUUUCUUAGAUGAUUGUAAAAAUCCAAAAGCUUGUACGAUUAUGUUACGUGGUGGUUCUAAGGAUAUCUUAAAUGAAAUUGAACGUAACCUACAGGAUGCUAUGUCUGUUGCCCGUAACGUCAUGCUGUCUCCAUCUUUGUCACCAGGUGGUGGUGCUACAGAAAUGGCCGUUUCAGUUAAAUUGGCUGAAAAUGCUAAAAAAUUAGAGGGUAUUCAACAAUGGCCAUAUCAAGCUGUUGCAGAUGCAAUGGAAUGUAUUCCACGUACUCUAAUACAAAAUUCUGGUGGUAAUCCAAUCAGAUUACUAUCUCAAUUAAGAGCUAAGCACGCUCAAGGUCAGCAUACUGCAGGUGUUGAUGGUGAUACCGGUAAAUUGGUUGAUAUGGUUGAAUAUGGUAUUUGGGAACCAGAAGUUAUUAAGCAACAAAGUGUUAAGACAGCUAUUGAAAGUGCUUGUCUUCUAUUAAGAGUUGAUGAUAUCGUCAGUGGUGUCAGAAAGCAAGAAGAAUAA